AUCUGAAACGACAAGUCAACAUACGUGCAUAGUAAAAGCAGGGUUAGCUUGGUAAAUAAACUGAUCUCCAUUCUCCUAGGGGUGUCUCACUUCCCGUAGGAGAGCCCAAGCCACCGUAUAAAAGGUCUUCUGUCCCAAGGAUCCUCAUUCACUUGCCUUUGCUUCCCCUGCACGUGUUGCCAGUUCCUGAGGAGGAUUUACUUGCUUCACCGAAGAAUGUCUUCCACCCAGCAGAAAACUGCCUGCCAAGAGAUCCCACAGCAGUCCAGAGGUCUUCAGGGCUCAUCCUGCCAUGGGGGCGGAAGUUCUGUGUCCUCCGGCAAUGGCAUUGGUGGGGCAUCCAGCUGUUGUGGUGGCAGCUCAGGCCAAAACAUCUGUGUGAGCGGCAGUAGUGGAUCCAGCUGCUGCACUGGGGGAUCCGGCUACGGCAUUGGUGGAGGAUUCAACUAUGGUGGUGGCAGCUCAGGCCAAAAGAUUGGUGUGACCGGGGGGAGCAGCAGUGGAUCCAGCUAUGGCGGUGGACUGUCAAGUGGCAUCAGCGGAGGCUCAGCCCAAAAGGUUGUCAUCGCAGGUGGUGGCAGCGGUGGAUCCAGCAGUUGCAGCGGCGGGGGAUCCAGCUAUGGCAUUGGGGGAGGAUCCAGCUCUGGCGGUGUGAGCUCAGGCCAAAAGAUUGGUGUGACCGGGGGGAGCAGCAGUGGAUCCAGCUAUGGCGGUGGACUGUCAAGUGGCAUCAGCAGAGGCUCAGCCCAAAAGGUUGUCAUCGCAGGUGGUGGCAGCGGUGGAUCCAGCAGUUGCAGUGGCGGGGGAUCCAGCUAUGGCAUCGUGGGAGGAUCCAGCUCUGGCAGUGUGAGCUCAGGCCAAACAAUUGUUGUGGGCAGUGGCAGUGGAGGAUCCAGCUGUGGUGUCAGCGGAGGAUCCAGCUAUGGCACUGGGGGAGGAUCCAGCUGUGGCGGUGUGAGCUCAGGCCAAACAAUUGUGGGCAGUGGCAGUGGGGGAUCUGGCUAUGGCAUCGGUGGAGGAUCCAGCUAUGGCUCUGGGGGAGGAUCCAGCUGUGGGAGUGUGAGCUCAGGCCAAACAAUUGUGGGCAGUGGCAGUGGGGGAUCUGGCUAUGGCAUCGGUGGAGGAUCCAGCGAUGGCAUCGGUGGAGGAUCCAGCUCUGGGGGUGUGAGCUCAGGCCAAACAAGUGUGGACAGUGGCAGUGGGGGAUCUGGCUAUGGCAUCGGUGGAGGAUCCAGCUAUGGCUCUGGGGGAGGAUCCAGCUGUGGGAGUGUGAGCUCAGGCCAAACAAUUGUGGGCAGUGGCAGUGGGGGAUCUGGCUAUGGCAUCAGUGGAGGAUCCAGCGAUGGCAUCGGUGGAGGAUCCAGCUCUGGGGGUGUGAGCUCAGGCCAAACAAGUGUGGACAGUGGCAGUGGGGGAUCUGACUAUGGCAUCGGUGGAGGAUCCAGCUAUGGCUCUGGGGGAGGAUCCAGCUGUGGGGGUGUGAGCUCAGGCCAAACAAUUGUGGACAGUUGCAGUGGGGGAUCUGGCUAUGGCAUCAGCGGAGGAUCCAGCUAUGGCUCUGGGGGAGGAUCCAGCUGUGGGGGUGUGAGCUCAGGCCAAACAAUUGUGGACAGUUGCAGUGGGGGAUCUGGCUAUGGCAUCAGCGGAGGAUCCAGCUCUGAUGGUGUGAGCUCAGGCCAAACAAUUGUGGGCAGUGGUAGUGGGGGAUCCGGCUAUGGCAUCAGUGGAGGAUCCAGCUAUGGCCCUGGGGGAGGAUCCAGCUCUGGGGGUGUGAGCUCAGGUCAAACAACUGUUGUGGGCAGUGGCAGUGGGGGAUCUGGCUAUGGCAUCGAGGGAGGAUCCAGGUCUGGGGGUGUGAGCUCAGGCCAAACAAUUGUGGGCAGUGGCAGUGGGGGAUCCGACUAUGGCAUCGGGGGAGGAUCCAGCUGUGGGGGUGUGAGCUCAGGCCAUAAAACUAUUGUGGGCAGUGGCAGUGGGGGAUCCGGCUAUGGCAUCAGCGGAGGAUCCAGCUAUGGCACUGGGGGAGGAUCGAGCUCUGGGGGUGUGAGCUCAGGUCAUAAAACUAUUGUGGGCAGUGGUAGUGGGGGAUCCAGCUAUGGCAUCGGGGGAGGAUCCAGCUCUGGAGGUGUGAGCUCAGGUCAUAAAACUAUUGUGGGCAGUGGUAGUGGGGGAUCCGGCUAUGGCACUGGGGGAGGAUCCAGCUAUGGCACUGGGGGAGGAUCCAGCUCUGCGGGUGUGAGCUCAGGCCAUAAAACUAUUGUGGGCAGUGGUAGUGGGGGAUCUGGCUAUGGCAUUGGUGGAGGAUCCAGCUAUGGCAUUGGAGGAGGAUCUAGCUGUGCUGGUGGUAGCUCAGGCCAAACAAUCAGCAUAGGCAGUUGCAGUGGCAGUGGGGGAUCCUCUGGGAUCAGCAUUGGUGGGCCUGGCAUUGGAGGAGGGUUGUCAUCUGGUGGCAGUGGGAGAUCUUCGAGUAAGUUGAUCAUUAACUCCAGGGGUAGUGGUGGCAGCUGCAGCAUCAGUGGCUCCUCCAGCUCUGGCAGCGGAGGGUCCUUGCAGUCCGUGCCACAGCAUCAGACCAAGCAGCCCUGCCAGUGGCCCCCACAGCAGAAGUAAGAGCAGGGCCAGCUGCAUUUCAUUCCAGGAAAGCAACCCCAGAUGUGCCAGUUCACAGCUGCUUCUCUGCAAGCUGCCUUCCAUUUGCAAACCUUUACACCGGUUUCUGUCAUAAGGGAGAGGCUCUUCCUCCUCUUCUCCAGCUGAAACGUGAAUCACCAAGAAAUGUGAUUUAUGUUUUGAUACUGUAAUGAAAAGUCCUUUCAUCUCUCUCUUACUGCUUGAUUCUCCACUUGUACGUGGAAGAAGAACAAAUAAAAUAAGUUCAAGAGUGUAA